AUGGGAAAAGGCAAGCCGCGUGGUCUUAACGCCGCCCGCAAGCUGCGAAACCAUCGCCGCGAGGGUCGCUGGGCGGAUCUCUCAUACAAGAAGCGCCUUCUCGGAACCGCCUUCAAGUCCUCUCCGUUCGGUGGAUCGUCACACGCCAAAGGAAUCGUUAUAGAAAAAGUUGGUGUCGAGGCCAAACAGCCCAACUCUGCCAUUCGAAAGUGUGUCAAGGUCCAGCUGGUCAAGAACGGAAAGAAAGUCACUGCUUUCGUUCCCAAUGACGGUUGUUUGAACUUCGUUGAUGAGAACGACGAGGUUCUACUUGCUGGUUUCGGUCGUAAGGGCAAAGCUAAGGGUGAUAUUCCCGGUGUUCGAUUCAAGGUUGUCAAGGUCUCUGGUGUCGGUCUGUCGGCUCUGUGGAAGGAGAAGAAGGAGAAGCCACGAUCUUAA